AACGAACAAAAGCCGGCUUUCUCCUUUGGUGCAUCUACCGAAAAGAAAGACGAACCAAAACUGUCCUUCUCUUUUAAUGCUCCUUCUGAAAAGAAAGAUGAAUCGAAGACUGCCUUCUCUUUUGGGUCUGCUUCUAAUGGUGAUAAUAAAGGCAUAUUUUCCGGCAGUUCUACUUCAGAUUCCACUCCAAAGCCAUUCUCUUUUGGAUCAGAAAAUAAAGAAACAAAAGAUGAAAACCCUAAAUCGUCACUCCAGUUUUCAUUUAAACCACCAUCCCAAUCAUCUGAAAAACAGGCCUUCUCGUUUGGCUCUUCGAAUCCUGGUACUCCAUUAUUUGGAAACAAUAAUUCAACACCAUCUUUCACUUUCAAUGCCACUAGUAAUAAAUUAGAAACAGAAUCGAAUUCUGCUACUCCAGACGCACAACAAGGAGCAGCGCCAGCAGAAGAAGAUACUGGUGGUGAUUUCAAAGCAGUAGCACAAUUAUCCUCUGAAAAAGUUGAUAGUCAAACAGGCGAAGAAGAUGAAGAAGCGCUCUACACUAAGCGAACAAAAUUAAUGUUAUUUGACCCAUCAAAUACAGAAAACCCAUAUGCUUCUAAGGGUUUGGGUGAUUUAAAAGUUUUAAAAAACAAGGCUACAGGAAAGUCAAGAAUACUUGUCAGAGCAGAAGGUGGAUUGAGAGUUUUAUUAAAUACCUUAGUUAACAAAGACAUGACCUACACUACUAUUGGUAAUGGUUCAAUGGUUAGAGUUCCAACGGUCAAUCCAACCGAUAAGUCAAUUGAGACUUACAUUUUGAAAGUUAAAACUGCAGACGAUGGGAAAAAGCUCUUAGAUGUGCUUAAUGAUGCUAAAAAAUAG